CAAGGGCACAAACCCGUCAAAGCGGCCAAAUCAUCCAAGCCGAAACAUGCGUCGCAAAAACAACGACCGGCAGCGCAGAAGCUCACUCAGUUGCACUUUACGCUCGACACCUCCGUCCUGCGCACCUGCCCCCUCUGCGAGCUCUCCUACACCCGCGCCGCGCCGGACGACGAGGCGCUCCACCGCUCGCACUGCGCGCGCGUCCGGCGCGGGAUGGAAUGGGGUCGGGAUGAAGAGCGCGAAGCGCGCGCGACGGAGAUUGCCAGCGGCCUCCGGCUUAAGGGCGAACAGUGGCGGCACGUCCGCGGCCGGAUCGUGAGCGUGCGGUUGGACGUGGGUGGCAAGACCGGCGCGAAGCUCGGCGCGCUGCUGCAGACGAUCAACCUCGCGCUAUCCUCGCCGCCGCUCCCGCCAGCAGCGCUCAAGGCGUGCAAGGCUUACCUCUUUCUCGUCCCGACCCCGGCAUCCUCCUCGCUGGCUAGCACGCGAAGGGAGAAGAUCGCGGGCUGCGUCAUCGCUCAGAGGAUCGACACCGCGAUGCGCAACGUGGACCCGACGCCACCAUCCGGGGAAGCCCCUGCAGCGCGGCAGGACCUCGUCGCCGUCGACCUUUCGUCGGGGUUGUACGUCCACCCCGAGCCGCUCCCGACCGCGAUGGGUAUCCCGCGGCUCUUCGUGUCCUCUACUUAUCGCCGCUGCGGUAUCGCGAUGCAGCUGUUGGAUGCCGCCGCCCGGACGUUCAUCCACUCGUGCCCCCUCGACCCACGCAAGGGCGAGGUCGCGUUCACGCAACCCACGAGCAGCGGGCGCGCCGUCAUGUUACGAUGGGGUCAAGGAGCCGUUCGGAUAUACGACGAA